AUGUCUUCGAGGGAGAGGGUAGGUUCAAAGCAUUAUAGCCGAGUGAGCCAAGACAUGUCAACAAGUGGAUCAUCGUCGGGGCACCACGAGACCAACUCUUCCGCUUCUGACCACCGUUACCACCGGAUUUCACACCCCGAGGUUCUAGAAAACAAGAUUGCAGCUCGAGCCGCUGAGAUAGACCGGCUCUCUAGUGACAAACGGAAACUAGCUGCGAGCUACGUAGCUCUCAAGGAGGACCUAACCGUGGCUGACCGUGAAGUCCAGGGGCUAAGAGCUCACAUCAGAAAGACAGAAACAGAGAGCGAGAUCCAGAUCCGAGCCACCCUUGAGAAGAUUGCCAAAUUGGAGGGUAUUGUCAACAACAGGGAGAAUAUAAGGAGGGAGCUGCAGUUAGCUCACAUUGAGGCUCAUAGAUUGGCGAGUGAACGCGAAGAGCUUGCUUCACAGGUUAAGUCGGCUUUAAAGGAGUUGAAGAAGUGUUGCAUCGAGGCAGAGGGUUUAGAGUCGUCGAGCCAAGAGCUUGAGCGGUUGAAAGAGGAGCACCAGAGGUUACGGGAAGAGUUUGAGGGAGAGAAGAGUGUGAACGUAGAGAAACUUGAGCAAUUAAAAGAGACGGAGAGGAACAUAAUCGGUGCGGUCAAAGCUAUUGAGAAGCUGCGAAGUGAGAUCGCUGCCGCAAGGAGCAGAGCGGUUGAGAAUUGA